AUGAAACCUGUUCGAAUUGUUGAUAUUUUUGUAAUCGUAUGCGCAGUACUUUUUAUUGUAGAGCAAGUAAAUUCAUGCGAGAAAGAUUGCCAAAAUGGUAUUUCCAAAGCCUUCGCUGAUAAUUGGGCUGACGAAGUUAAACCAAUCUACGGGGAUUUCCAAAACAACACUCUCGAUCAUUUAUUCUAUGGUAUUUCAAGCGAGAAAGUUUCAGAUAAUUCCACUCUUGAAAAAGAUCUCACUACCGAUGUGCGCAAUUCCGUCUCUGAUCAAAUCGAAAGUAUUACGAAAACAUUCAUUUCAGGCAUGGCUGGAAUAAUUAAAAAUGCCAUUUUCAACGAGGAGCCAAAAAUGAAGGGUGAUUGUAAUAACACUGUUACACAGCCUCCUCUAGGUGUUAAUUGGACACGUGAAGAUUGUGUUAAAAUGGAUCGCAUUUGUGGAAAUCCACCUUCAAUAUGUCAUUUUUUAGAUUUAAAUAAGGAUAAAUGUUUUAGCGAUUUAAAAGCGAAUGUAGAGAACAGUACAAAAGCCGGAGGCGAUUACAUUAAUCAGAUCAAAAAGACUGUUACAGAUGUUGUAUCUAAGUAUAGUCUUACGACAACUGGCUCUGAUUACUUUAUGGGCAAAGUUUUGAAAAAUGUUCAAAAUACCUUAAAUGGCUUAAAUGGCUUAGGUGGCUUAAAUGCUAAGUUUAAAACCGAUUUUUGUUCCAAUAAUUGUACCCAAUUUGAUGA